UAAAGUAGUGUGCCACUGAGGCGUUGACGGCAAUGGCAACUCUAGGUACAAUGACAGGCUUAGCGGUGCUUCUGGUUCUGGUUCUGGUGACAGCGGCUCUAGGUGCCCACCAGCAGUCACUGGCUGACCCGCCGGUAUGUCCAGAGCGGAUCCCGGGCGUGACACUCAACAUUACCUUCUACCCAAAUGAAGACGACUGCACCAAGUACUGGGAGUGUGACAACGGAAACCUUUAUAACGGAUCGUGUACUGAUGGCUUGAUUUGGAAUCCAAAUGUGGACUCUUGUGACUGGCCAUAUAAUUACGAUUGUCCUUACGAUAGGAAACUACCUAUUGACGUCAUAGACUGUCCUCAGCCAUCUCCCGGUGAGAUUUUUAACGUUACAUUCUACCCCAAUGAGGAAGACUGCACCUUGUAUUGGGAAUGUGACAAUGGACUGUUGAGAAAUGGAUCUUGUCCUAAUGGUCUCAUAUGGAACAACGACUUACAGGCCUGUGAUUGGCCUUACAACUAUGACUGUCCCUACGACAAGAAGGGACUUAUUGUCCUUUCAGAUGCCACUCCAGACUGUCGGCAGCCACCCCCAGGUGAGAUUUUCAACGUUACGUUCUUCCCCAAUGAGGAAGAUUGCACGAAGUAUUGGGAAUGUGACAAUGGAAUUUUGAGGAAUCGAUCUUGUCCUGAUGAUCUCAUAUGGAACAACGACUUACAGGCCUGUGAUUGGUCUUACGGCUUAGAGUGUCCCUAUGACAAGAAGGGACUUAUUGUCCUUUCAGAUGCCACUCCAGACUGUCCGCAGCCAUCCCCAGGUGAGAUUUUCAACGUUACGUUCUACCCCAAUGAGGAAGAUUGCACGAAGUAUUGGGAAUGUGACAAUGGACUUUUGAGAAACGCGUCUUGCCCUAAUGGUCUCAUAUGGAACAAUGACUUACAGGCCUGUGAUUGGCCUUACAACUAUGACUGUCCCUAUGACAAGAAGGGACUUAUUGUCUUUUCAGAUGCCACUCCAGACUGUCCGCAGCCAUCCCCAGGUGAGAUUUUCAACGUUACGUUCUACCCCAAUGAGGAAGACUGCACCUUGUAUUGGGAAUGUGACAAUGGACUUCUGAGAAAUGGAUCUUGUCCUAAUGGUCUCAUAUGGAACAACGACUUACAGGCCUGUGAUUGGUCUUACAACUAUGACUGUCCCUAUGACAAGAAGGGACUUAUUGGCUUUUCAGAUGCCACUCCAGACUGUCCGCAGCCAUCCCCAGGUGAGAUUUUCAACGUUACGUUCUAUCCCAAUGAGGAAGACUGCACCUUGUAUUGGGAAUGUGACAAUGGACUUUUGAGGAAUGGAUCUUGUCCUAAUGGUCUCAUAUGGAACAACGACUUACAGGCCUGUGAUUGGCCUUACAGCUAUGACUGUCCCUAUGACAAGAAGGGACUUAUUGUCCUUUCAGGUGCCACUCCAGACUGUCCGCAGCCAUCCCCAGGUGAGAUUUUCAACGUUACGUUCUACCCCAAUGAGGAAGAUUGCACGAAGUAUUGGGAAUGUGACAAUGGACUUUUGAGAAACGCGUCUUGCCCUAAUGGUCUCAUAUGGAACAAUGACUUACAGGCCUGUGAUUGGCCUUACAACUAUGACUGUCCCUAUGACAAGAAGGAACGUAGUUCCCUGCGAGAUGAGGUGUUUGUUUGUCCUCCAGUUCGCCCGCAUUUGUUAGGCGUUGUUAUGUUUUUCCCCAAUGACGCUAACUGCCACAAAUACUGGGAAUGUCUUAAUGGUAGAGUGAAGGAUGGCAAUUGUGAAGGAGAUCUUGUGUGGAAUCCUAAUCUCAAGAAAUGCGACUUGGAAACUAACUAUCCUUGCAACACAGAUAACUAAUUGUGUAAUAAUUGAUGAAAGCAACCCCCCUACAUUAUUUGCUGUUACCGGAGUAGUUGAGUAACUUCUUGACUCCUAAUGUAAUGAAAUCUAAAUGUUACGAGCUGAGUGACCUAAUGUAGUCUCUGUAUAUUUAUUUUUGUAUUGUGACUAUAAAUUAAAGUUUGGAUCUAUUUUGGAAAA